GGAGAGGAUAGUCUAAAUGACCACAAUAGUAUGGCCAGUGGAGAGGAUAGUCUAGAUGACCACAACAGUAAGGCCAGUGAAGAAGACAUCUCAAUAUAUUUUACAGGUACACAUGAAGUACAAGAAUGUCUUGAAGGUCAAGGUGAGGCAGAUCUACACAUACGCAUGGCAAACUGCAAGAAAAAUCCUGGCCAUAAAAACUUUAUAACUGUAAAUCAGUUAAGUCUUGAACAUUUUCCUUCUGGUUACCAUGACAACGAUGUGUAUGCCCUCACAAAAGUCCUGGCUGACCUAACUGUCAGGAUAGCCGUUAAGUUGACUAGUCGAGACAGACCAGAGUUUGUACCAGGCACUAAAGUUCCAUAUCCUUUCUACAACAUCAGGGGACAGAACUCACUGAGGACAGGGACUGGGAGGGUGUGGGCGGUGACCAAGUACACAGAGGGGAUGUACGGCUACAGAACUUGUCCAUGUCCUGAAUGUGACCACUCGGACACACCCAGUAAAGUGUGGUGUGAGGUACGUGUGUGGACAGCCAGACAUGUGGUUUUUGAUUCAAGUGAGGCGAGACAGUCCAGCUGUAGGGUGUGGUUUGAUGAUGAUAAAAGUCCAGUGGUCAAGAUUUAUGGGUGGAAGGUGGAUUGGUCAGAAACUGAGAGAGACGUGUGCCAAUUGUUUUGUGUGACACAUGACGUAGAUGUAGCUGGUAAACUAGAGAAGAUGGUGAGGCGGUUUGAUCGCCUAAGUUAUAAAUUAAGGGACACAUACAAGAGUCAUAGAGAAGUGGACAAGCUGACCAUUAUAGUAUCACAUCCUCAUGGCUGUUCUAAGCAGGUCUCUGUAGGUCACUGGGUACAUAAGCAGGUUGUAGGGGGUGGCUCCACUAGGUACACGUACACAACGUGUACCUGUCCAGGUAGCAGUGGGGCUGUGGUCUACAGACUGGGGUGGGGCUGGUCUCUCCAUCCCCACAGUGGAGCUAACUCUGAUGGAUUAAAUUAUAGUGGAGUGUGGAGGGACAGAGACUUGUAGUUUUCUGCUCCUGUUUAGAAUGUAAACAAACAUGGCGACUUUUAUUGUAGAUUUUUCUUGAUCUUUUCAUUGAUGUUUUAACUUUUACUUUCUCGUAUAUUGAGUAUAGAGAAAGUAUUAUAAUCGUGCAAAUGAAAUCCCAAGAAAUUUUGACAGUUUUUUAAUCGUUUUACACAUAGUACUUCAUCACAUACUGAGUAUGGGGCUUAUUUUAAGUAGGCAAAAGUAAUAAAUGUAGAAUUAUCAAAAUUUCAGCAUUCUAUGCGUAAUCGAUUCGGACAAUCUGGGCUUUGCAAUUCUGUGCGUGUGUGUGUGUGUGCGUGUGUGUGUGUGUGUGUGUGUGUGGAUGUGUGUCUGUAAACACGAUUCCCACCAAGCAUGUCUCUGCCCACACUAUCCAUUUACAUACUGAGGAAAAAGAAACAAGUGAACUCUACUUCACCUGCCCUGUAUCCCGACAAGUCCCGAUAGGCAACUUUAUCAUUCUCAUGAUUGUCUAGAACCCGUGCCACCGACAUGGAAGCCUUUUACACUAACAACUUAGCUAUCUAGACUCGGUACGUUGUUGACGUUUUUUUUUUGAUAUAUAUACUUGAUAUACGCGAAUAGGCCCUAGAUCUAGUAUCUUUCAAAUUAAAUUUUAUCUUAAAAUAGCUAAUUCUAUAGCUAAAAAAAACACAAAAAUUUAUAUAAAAUAAUGAAGAUCUGAAAUAGUUUAGUAUAGACACUCAUUAUUAUUAUCUAGAUCUGGAUAGAGUUAUCUAGAUUCUACAACUGGUUUUGUUAAGUCGAUAUUUUGCCGUAACUCUAGAUGGAAGCCGCCAUUGUCAUUGUUGUAAAAAGUAAAUAAAUCAUGUGACGACACUAUUCACUAUAAAUAAAGUCAUUGUUCUGAACUAUUAUAAUUAAUAUAGUUAAUCUAUCAAUGAAUAAAUCAAAAAAUUAAUUCACGUCUUUAAAUAAAUUUGUGACUAACAGUCCGUCUAAACACAAAAUUUGUUCUCUAACUAUACACUAUCUUACAUAUCUCCACAUAGUGCAGAUUCUCUCCUGUAACCAAACCGACAAACAAAAUAAAUAAAUAUUCAAACAUGUAAACAAACUUGACUUUGUUAUCGACAAACAAACAAAUAAAUAUUCAAACAUGUAAACAAACUUGAGUUUUAGUAGAAUAUAGAUAGAUAUUCGAGAAGGUUUAGGGGAGAUCACUCCCGGUGUAUUUCUACGAAAUUUUAUUCUAUUUUAAAAAGUGUAAGAAUUUAAAAUGAAUUAAAAAUUAUGUAUAUAUCUCGAAUUGUCAUCCCCUGUUGUUUCAUAUAAGAAUAUUCGAGAAAGUUUAGGGGAGAUUUUUAAUUGUUAUCGAUAAAAGAGA